AUGGUGCACAAUUUUCCCCACCUCACUUCGAGGACCAGCCCUAAGUUGGUUCACCCGACUCCCUCUUCAUCUAUUGACUCUUUUGCAACUCUCACAAGACAGUUUAAUUUACAGUUUGCCACAAGCCGACCACACCCGCUGACAUCCCUGACACUCGUCAACAUUCGUCAGGAAAAGGGAGAAUCACUGAGAGCUUUCAUGGAACACUUUGGCAAAGUGACCCUUUCAAUUCAUAACCUGGAACCAGUCGUGGCUAUGCACCACCUCACAACAGCCCUUAAGAUAGGGUCUUUCGUUAAUAGCAUAUGUAAAAAACUACCCAUGGACUUGGAUGAGCUUCGUAGUCGGGCUGCCAAGUACAUGCAAAUGGAGGAACUAGCUGAAUAUCAGAAUCAAGUCCAAAUAGACCAAGGGUCUAAUUUUAAAGAAGCAGACAAGAGAGAAUAUUUCAAGCCUCGACAAGAGACUAAAGCCAGGAGAAAUGAUGUUGAGAGGCCCCAUGGAAGUUUAAAAUAUCCUGAAUAUACUACUCUCAACACCAAUCGAUCUAGAAUACUUGACCAAGCUCUAGCAACUGAAAUAUUGAAAGAAUGCACGACUUUGAAAGAUAAAAUCGAAGAUUUGAUUAAAGAAGGACAUCUUCGAGGAUUUGUACAAGCAAAUCUCACUGGUCGUGCUGAAAGAAGUAGAGAUCGAUACCCCCAAUCCUCAAGAAGGUAUGAGGAUAAGCAACAUGAGCGACAGCGGAGUCAGUCAAGAGAGCUUCCUGUAAAACGAUAUGAUGAGCGAGAAAAAUACCCGAAGAGGGUUAUUAACACCAUAGCCGGUGGGUUUGCAGGCAGAGGACCCACUCAUUCCGCUAGAAAGAGACAUCUCAGGCACGUUCGCUCUAUUAACAAUGUUUCAUUGGGUAGCAGAAUCCGAAUUCCACCCAUCACGUUCACAGAUGAUGACUUUCAAGGAGUGGAUCCGGUACAAGAUGAUCUCAUGGUUAUCAGUGUGGACAUUCUCAAUUGUACUGUCAGAAAAACACUCAUUGACCAAGGAAGUUCAACCAAUAUCCUUUACUGGAGUACAUUCAAACAAUUGAGCAUACCAGAAGAGGAGCUUAGAGAAUAUCAUGAACCGCUGGUCGGCUUCUCUGGAGAGCCAUCUCUCAAUAGAUUGAAAGCUAUAGUGUCUACUUCGCACCUGACCAUGAAGUUUCCCUCUGAACGGGGCCAAAUCGUCAUAGUUCAUGUUGACCAGAAGACAGCGAGAGAAUGUUAUUUCGCAAGCCUGCGUUUCAAGCCGCUCCAUGAAUACAGACGAGAUUUUAAUAUUGUAGCUCCUCGGUCUGCAGAGGAUUGGAAAAUUGAACUGGAUCCUAGAGUUGAUGAAGGGUGUCGAGUAGAACCCAACGAAAAUAAGCAACCUUUCCAGCUUGGUACGAAACAUGAGCAGGUCACUUAUCUGGGAGCCGAUCUAUCUGCACAAGACAGGCAAGACCUUCAGAAAAUAUUGCAGCAUAACGCCAACCUAUUUGCCUAG